GGGCAAAGAUAACGCACUCGUCACCGUUCGCUUCUUUGUCUCGCCGGUGACGGAAUCUAAAACCACACCCGCCUGUGUCUGCAGAAUUAGCCCAACCUUCCCUCUCCAAACUCGUGGUCUUGAUUCAAUUCUCCACCUUUCUGCUCGAAUUUCCCGAGCUUCCUGUGAACUUCUGGGAAGCCUUUCACGUGAAGAUUGAUGACAACUUGUUUGAUGGGGUCUUUGAGAAGAAAAAACAAUUUGUGUAGCAUUUUUUGAAAAAUAAUGGAAGCACGCCCUGCUUUUUCCAUUGAAAGAUCAAGUGCAAAGCAACUCAGUAGCAUGGGAAUGUCUGGAGCACUGUCUUCGUCUCUGCCUGUCCACCCAACACCCAUAGAAGAGACAUAUUCCAAGUUACCUGAUUCUCAGCAGGUUUUUGUGGAAAAAGAGCACUCGGAAAGACCUGUCGCUCACUCAAGUCAUUUAAAUUCCAGCGGAGCAGUUGGGCACAUGUUUUCAUCAUCCCCUGGAUAUUCUACUGAUCUUCAUCACUCAUCCCUUUCACCUCAUGGAAAACACUCAAGAAAUUCGCAUUUUAUUUCACAGUCUUCGAGUAACAUGGCAUCACUGCCAUUGACAUAUUCUUCAAGUACCGGACCACUGCCUUCUACAACAUCAACUUGUUAUUCCAAAGAAAGUAAUGGGUCGUGGGCUUUAGAUUCCUUCCCAAACAUUCUUGAUUUUCCUGUACAUACUUCCAUUAAGGAUAGUCAAGUAGAAGGCAGUGCCUGCAAUAUGAUGGCACCUGAUGAGUAUGGUAAAAGAAAUGACUGGCAGGAGUGGGCUGAUCAACUGAUCAAUGAUGAUGAUGCAUUGGCUUCUAACUGGAACGACAUUCUUGUUGACCCCAGCAUUCAUGAUCCUGAACCAAAGGUGUCAUGCCAGAAUUCAAAAUCAUCUUCACAAUUGCCAGGGCAGCAGUCUCAAGGUCGCCAGCAACUUUCAGCUUCGUUGGGCGAAAAACAUGCUAGUGCUCCACCCUCUUCCUCAGCAAAUUCUGCUUCUGCCAAGCCACGAAUGCGUUGGACACCAGAGCUUCAUGAGGCCUUUGUGGAGGCUGUCAGCCAACUUGGUGGGAGUGAAAGAGCAACCCCUAAGGGUGUGCUGAAGCUUAUGAAAGUUGAAGGCUUAACAAUAUAUCAUGUUAAAAGCCACUUGCAGAAAUAUAGGACAGCUAGAUAUAGACCGGAUUCAUCUGAAGGAUCCUCUGAGAAAAAGUUAACUCCAGUGGAAGAGAUGACAUCUCUAGACUUGAAAACUGGUAUUGAGCUCACUGAAGCUUUGAGACUCCAGAUGGAGGUUCAGAAGCGCCUGCAUGAACAACUAGAGAUUCAAAGGAAUUUGCAGUUGCGGAUUGAAGAACAAGGAAGGUGCCUCCAAAUGAUGUUUGAGCAGCAAUGCAAAUCUGGUGUCGAAAAGUUUAAGGCAGCAUCAUCUGCCAUUGAUGAUCCCUCUGGAGUGUCAUCAGAUGCUAUUAAAGAUUCUUCUGCCAAAACUGAAGUGGAUGUCUCCCAAGCGGGCCAUUGCCAAUCAGGAACUGAGCAAGAUAAUAGCAAUGCCAUAGUUGAAGAAUGCUUACUGAAAGAUGAUGACAAGCAUAAUGCUCCUGAAAGUCACAGUUCUGAUAGUCCUAAGCAACAUGCGAGUGAAGAUGAUGUUAAUGCUCAACCAUCAAAGCGU